UCCUCCUGCGCUGGUGCGCCUCACCCUGUUAGCGUGUUCGCGCACGCGCACCGCCGCUGCGCCGCGCCGCUCUCGUUUCCUAUCCGUACCCGGGUCAUCGCUUGCUCUCGUUCCCAGGCUCUGGCCUCCGGCGGGCGAGGAUUCCAGGGCCUGAAGGGCUGGACGCCGUCUGGCCCGGCCGGCACCCAGAGGGCGCGGGCUGUGUGGGCGAGGGCCCAGAGCCAGCUCCUCGGGCCCAGUGGCCUCGGGAGGCGGAGAGGAGGGACCCCGGGAGAGGAGCGCGCCGCAGGAGCAGCCCCGGCCCGGAGCCUCGGGAGCCCGGGUCCGGUCAGCGAUUCCCGACCGGGUCCACCGUUUACAGUCUACGAUUUUUCCAAGAGCAGCAGAAAAUGAAUGAAUCCCAGGGGCCAGUGUCAUUCACGGAUGUGGCCGUGGACUUCACUCAGGAGGAGUGGCAGCAGCUGGACCCUGAUGAGAAGACAACCUACAGGGAUGUGAUGCUGGAGAACUACAGCCAUCUGGUCUCCGUGGGGUACGACAGCGCCAAACCGAACGUGAUCCUCAAGUUGGAGCAGGGAGAGGAGCCUUGGGUAGCAGAUGGCGGGUUCCCGCGGCCAUUUCACCCAGAAGAAGUCUGGAAAGUUGAUGACCUGAUGGAGAGAGCCCAAGAAAAUAAAGACGAAUGUUCAAGGCAAGCUGUUUCUAUCAACAGCAGAACCCUGACUGAGGAGGGAGAGGUUGCAUUUGAUAAAACUUAUAACAUGGAAAUAAGCCUUGUACCUUCAAACCUAAUGUCUCAUAAUUGUGUCUCAUGUGGAAGGACUUUGGGAUCUACUUCAGAAUUAAUUAUUAGUGAUGGAAGCUAUGCAACAAAAAAUCCUGAUGAGUGUAGUGAAUGUGGGAAAACAUUUCAUGGAGAGAAACUCUAUGAAUUUCAUCAAAAUGGGGAAGCCUUUUCUCAAAAUGAAGAAAGUAUUCAGAAAAUUAGUAUUUUGGAGAAACCCUUUGAAUAUAAUGAAUGCACAGAAGCCUUAGACAAUGAAGCUGUUUUCAUUACUCAUAAGAGAGCUUAUAUGGGGGAGAAGCCCUAUGAUUGGAAUGAUUCUGGAUCAGACUUCAUCCAGAUGUCAAAUUUUAAUGUAUACCAGAGAUCACAGAUGGAAUUGAAGCCCUUUGAAUGCAGAGAGUGUGGAAAAUCCUUCUGUAAAAAGUCAAAAUUCAUUAUACACCAGAGGGCUCACACAGGAGAGAAACCUUACGAAUGUAACGUAUGUGGGAAAUCCUUCAGCCAAAAAGGAACCCUCACCGUACAUCGGAGAUCACACUUAGAGGAGAAGCCGUAUAAAUGCAAUGAGUGUGGGAAAACCUUCUGUCAGAAAUUACACCUCACUCAACACCUGAGGACUCACUCAGGAGAGAAACCCUAUGAAUGUAAUGAAUGUGGGAAAACCUUCUGCCAAAAGACACAUCUCACCUUACACCAGAGAAACCAUUCAGGAGAGAGACCGUAUCCAUGUAACGAAUGUGGGAAAUCCUUCUCCCGCAAGUCAGCCCUCAGUGACCAUCAGAGAACACACACGGGAGAGAAACUUUAUAAAUGUAAUGAAUGUGGGAAAUCCUACUACCGAAAAUCCACCCUUAUUACACAUCAGAGAACACACACAGGAGAGAAACCCUAUCAGUGUAGUGAAUGUGGGAAAUUCUUUUCUCGGGUGUCAUACCUCACUAUCCAUUACAGAAGUCAUUUAGAAGAGAAGCCCUAUGAAUGCAAUGAAUGUGGCAAAACCUUCAAUCUAAACUCAGCCUUCAUUAGACAUCGGAAGGUACACACAGAUGAGAAACCCCACGAAUGUAGUGAGUGUGGAAAGUUCUCAUAUCUCACCGACCAUCACACAACUCACUUAGGAGAGAAACCCUAUGAAUGUAGUGAAUGUGGGAAAACCUUACUUGAAACUUCAGCCUUCGAUGGGCACCAGUCACUUCCCAAGGGGGAAAAGUCCUAUGAAUGUAACAUAUGCGGGAAAUUGUUCUCUGAGCUGUCAUACUAUACUAUCCAUUAUAGAAGUCAUUCAGAAGAGAAGCCCUACGGAUGUAACGAAUGUGGGAAAACCUUCUCCCAUAACUCAUCCCUCUUUAGACAUCAAAGAGUCCACACAGGAGAGAAACCCUACGAGUGUUAUGAAUGUGGGAAGUUCUUCUCUCAGAAGUCUUACCUCACUAUACAUCAUAGAAUUCAUUCAGGAGAGAAGCCCUAUGAAUGUAGUAAGUGUGGGAAAGUUUUCUCUCGGAUGUCAAACCUCACUGUACACUAUAGAAGCCAUUCAGGAGAGAAGCCCUAUGAAUGUAAUGAAUGUGGGAAAGUCUUUUCUCAGAAGUCAUACCUCACUGUGCAUUAUAGAACUCAUUCAGGAGAGAAGCCCUAUGAAUGUAACGAAUGUGGGAAAAAGUUCCACCACAGAUCAGCCUUCAAUAGCCAUCAGAGAAUUCACAGGAGAGGGAAUAUGAACGUACUUGACAUGGGAAUGCUCCUCUGAAGUCAGAUCUCAUUUUAGAAAACCCUCUGCACAUAAUGAGUAUGGGAAGUCAGUCGGGAGUCAGAUAUCACUGUCUGAGAGUUCAUGUUUCUGAAUGAGGAAAAGCAUUUAGGUGUUAGAUUUAUUCUAAUCUGAAUUUUCAUAGAGAAGAAUCCCUAAAACUGCAACAAGAAGCAAAGCCUUCAGCAAGACCCUACAACUCAUUGGACACUAGACUUUUAUACAAGAGUGAAACUCUAUAAAUAUUUAAUAUUUAUUUUGGAUUCCAGUUGUAUUCACAUAUCAGGGAAUCAUACCAAGGUGAAACCUGUCAAAAUGAUGAAUGUGGAAAAUACAUUGUCUUGGAAAUUGUUAUACUAAAAGCCAUAUUUCUGAUAUAAAAUCAGAUGUUUUUAGGAAUGAUAUCAGAAGCUAUCAGCUCUGAAUAAACCUUCAUUGCAGAAAAUGAAGUUUUAAAAUCUUCUGGAGUUGAUUAUGAGGAUCGUAGCAUUAAAUAUGUAUAUGGCGGUUUCUUUCACGUUUCCAAAAUGUGAUUAAUUCUAUGCAACUCUAUGCAAGUUUGGAUUUGAAUAAUUUGUGAGAAGGCAGUAUUCUUAUUUGAGUAUUAAGAUGGCAAAAUAUACUAAUGUAGGAUAUAUUGUUGGUGAGGUGUUUGAUAGGUACAGAAUAGUUAAAUACAUAGUUUUCUGUUCUUUAGAGGCAUUUACAAAUGGUUUUUAAUGAGUGCUUCAUCAAGAGAGGAACCAGUGACUUUUGUAAAGUUUCCAACUGCAUUUGAACAAAAGAGACUUAAAAUACUAUUUUCAUAAACUAUGCAUAGAUGAUUUGGAAUCUAGUCUGUUCAGUGAAGGAUGCUCAUGCUCUGUAACAUAGGCCCAGCUCUCCUACCACUCUUGUUUUUUAACCCAUAGGUUUGAGUGUGCAGUAUGCCACUAUUUGGUAAUUCAGAAAUUUUACCUGUGCUUUUAUUUGAUAUGAAUACGGUGUCAUUAUUUUGUGCACUGCCUCUUAUUCCCAGUAUUUUGGAACAAAUUAAUGCAAGCUUCUAGCAGACAUUUUUUGUUGGUUAACCUCAGUGUCCUUCCUCUCCUCUUUACUUGCUGGAAGAGUUUAGGUAUCUGCUAUUCACAAGACAUGGAGGGUAAAUCCUGAGUAAUCUAAACCAGUCAUGCUAAUUUCAUUAUGAUCACCAGUAACUCGUUUAUAGUGGUCACAUGACCAAAUCCUAGGCUAGCAAAACAGACCGUUUCUGGAAAAAGGUAAAACAGUGAUCAAAUGGAUUUUACUCCAGGAACGUGAGGGUAUUUUAAUAAUAAAAAAAACCAAUCACUGUAAUAUAUCACAUUGAAGAAAAGUAGUCUGGUAUGCAGGAAAUGUGGUGAAAUCAACAUCCAUUUGUGUUCUUAGCAAACUAUGGAUAGAAAGGAACUUCCUUUAUUGGAUAAAGAGUAUCUUAUACUACAACAAACAGCAUAUCAAAUGGUGAAAUAUUGAAAGUUUUCUCCCAAGAUCAAAAAAAGAGACAAGGUUAACUGCUAUGACUAAUUUUAUUCAGUAUUGUGUAGAAGGACCUAGCCAGGAAAGUAAGGGAAGCAAAAGAAUGAAAAGGCUUAAGGAUUAGAAGAAGUAAAACUUUUAUUUGCAGAUGACAUGCUUUUAUACAUAGAAAAUUCUAGGGAAUAUUCAGAUAAUUAGAAUUGAGUAAAUUGAGCAGAAUCCCCACAUACAAGGUCAUUAUGCAAAAAUUGGUUUUUAAUAUACCAGCAACGAACACAGAAAAUGAAAAGUUUUAAAACAGUGCCACUUACAGUAAUAUCAGAAAUCCUUAAGUGCCUGGGGGGAAAAUUACCUAACACUGUAUUUUCAAGAAUUGUAUCCAGGGGGAAAAAAUUACAGAACAGUAAGAGGGAUGUAUCCUGUUCAUGGAUUCCAAGACAAUCUUAAAAAGAUGUCAGUUUUCCCCAAAUUAAUUCAUAUAUCCAAUGCAAUCUUAAUCAAAAUCCUAGCAAUUUUUUAUAAAUGAAAAUUCUCAGAUUCAUGUGAAAAUUCAAAAGACCAAUAAUAGUCAAAGCUAUCUUCUAGAAUAGACAGAACUUAUAGUGCCAGAUAUCAAGAGCUGUUACAAAGCCAUAGGAAUUAUAGUGUGGUAAUGGCACAAAGAUAAACAAAUUGACCAGUGGAACAGAAUAAAGAUUCCAGAAACUCCCAAACGUAAUUCAGUCACCUGACUUUUGGUGAAGGUAAUAAUGCAUCGUAAUGUGGGAAAGGAUGUUCUUUCCACUAAAUGCUUUCAUAAUUUAAUAGAAAAAUCAUUUGAGGUGGAGUGCAGUGUUAAGUAUGAAAUGUAAAAUAAUAAAGCUCUAAGAAGACUAUAACCUUACAGCAAGCAGUUUCCUUAAGACCCAGAAAGCACUGAAUCAUAAAAUAAAACUUGUUAAUUUGAAUAUAUUACAUUAAAGAACUUCUGUUUCUCAAAAAGCCACCAUUGAGAAAGUGAACAGGCAGACCACAGUGGGGAGAAGAUAUUUGCAAUUCAAAUACAUGGCAGCAGAAUCGAGUGUAGAAGAGGGCUUGGUAAACGUUUUUGGUGAGGGGCCAGAGAGUAUUAAUAUUUGGGGCUUUGUGGGCUACACAUUUUCACUCACCACCACUCAACUUUGCUGUCGUAGUGUGAAAGCCAGAAAUAAGACAAAAACGAAUGAACAUGGCUGUGUCCCAUUAAGACUUUAUUCACAGAUACUGGUGGAGGACAGGAUUUGGCCAGCAGGCCAUAGUUGCUGACCCCUGAUCUAAAAUAAAAACCCCUACAAAUCUGCAAGGAAAAAAAAAAAGGGCAGAAACUUGGACGUCCACUUCAUAAAAGAGGCUAUCCACAUGGCCAGUAAAACAUACGAAAAGGUAUGUUGAUCUUAUUAAUAAUCUUGAAAAAGGAAGAUUUAAAACCCCGUGUGGCACUACUGCCCCCCUCUGAAGUGGUUAAAAUGAAAAGCAUGAAAAAGCAAGAUUUGGCAAGAAUGUACCAGGAGCUUGCCUACAUUCCUGGUGGUAUUGCCCAUUGAUAGAACCGUUUUGGAAAGCUGGCACUUAUAGCCAAACCUGUGUUUGUACCCUUUCAACAAACCCAAACCUAGCAGACAUGCAUGAAUGUGUCCACUGUGCAUGUAUAUGUCCACCAAGGGACAUGUCCUAGAAUUUUCAUGAUCUAAAACUUCAAAAAACAACUCUGAAGGCACCUAUGCAGUAGAACUUUGAACGUCAGUGGUGUGUUUCCACCACAGAACGCUCUAAGGCAAGGAGAGUGAAUGGACAGUAAGCACAGGCAAUAGCUCAAUUUCACAAAGAAUGCUAAAUGAAGGAAUCUAGACACAAAAGCAAACAGGUAAAGUAUAAGAACAGGUAAAACGUGUCUAUGCAGUUAGAAAUCAGGAUAGCGGUUAGCCUUGGCCAAGGCUGCCAAGGAGCAUUCAUCUGGUGCUGGUAACAACUGGUUUCUAAAUCUAGGUGCUGAAUAUCUGAGUGUUCCAUGCACUCAAGCUUUGUGUGUUUUUCUGCAUGUAUAUUAUACUUCCAUAAAAUGUUUUUAAAAAUCACAA